AUGGCGUCGUUGCUGCAAGCGAUUGUAGAUCCAAAGAAAAACUGGUUCGCCGCUCAGCACAUGAAAGCCGUUUCCAAACGCCUUCGCAAAUACGGUCUCCGAUAUGACGAUCUGUACGAUCCAUAUUACGAUGUUGAUAUCAAGGAGGCUCUGAAUCGGCUUCCAAAGGAGGUUGUAGAUGCACGCCAUGCGCGUCUCAAGCGCGCUAUUGACCUUUCCAUGAAGCACGAGUAUCUCCCCGAGGAUCUUCAGGCAAUGCAAACACCAUUCAGGAGCUACCUUCAGGAGAUGCUGACCUUUGUGAAGAGGGAACGAACAGAGCGGGAGUCAUUGGGAGGUUUGCCCCUAUAUCAACGAACCCUUCCAUAA